AUGCCAAGGACAAAGAAAGAAAAACCAAAAAUUAAGGGAGCUUCCUUGUCUAUUGUCCCUAUUCUUACAAAGUUCCUGAAAACAUACGAAAAGCACUGUGUCCAGUCUCAGACUUCUGUGUGCCCAGCUAUCAAGAAGGCCUUGAAAACCAGCAUAGAGAAUGAACAGAUUCUCAGGAAGCUGAUGCUCGUAAGCCCUGCCGUCUCCCCAACAGGCUUCCCAGAAGUUUCUCUUGAACCUUUGCUCAAGACAAUUCGAGAUGAACGUUACAUGCUGGGAAGAGAACUUUGCAUCUGGGGGGUGAAGCUGAAAAAUUCAGAUGUUGCAAGCCUAGCCAUGCUUCUAGAGCUUCGAGGACGUACCAUGUACCCAUUUUCUACCCUAGAAAUCAUUAACAGCCGAAUGGACCUGUGGUCUGUGGAGAGACUGAGCAAGUCUCUUCUUUCCAGCAAUUUGCUCUCAAUUGUAUUGGAUUACAACAAAUUUGGAAAUGAGGGAGUCGACAUUCUUAUGGCUGGCCUGGAAAAAAACCGAAAGCUUAAGAUUCUCAGCCUCCGUUAUUGCAAUCUGGGACCAGCUAUCGGCUCAAAACUGGGCUGGGCAAUUAGCCAAAGCGCCAUUUGUGAACUUUAUCUUAGUGGUAAUUACUUACAAUGUUCUGGGGCCUUGGGUCUCAUCAGACACAUAGCAGAAUUUGCAGAAACCCAGGGAAAAGACAGAGCGACAAAGGUCUUACAAGACAGAAGGCGUUCAUCUAAACAACUGCUUCAAGAAAACUUUAAUGCUCUACAUGAAAACAGUGAAUGCCUACAGUUGGGCAUACCUAUCAUUCCUGCCACCCUGGAGCCUGAGAAUGAUGGAUCUCGCCAGCUCAGGAGUUCUGAGCUUCAGUGGGCUAAGCCAAUGGGUGUCCACACUAAGUCUGCCUUCAAUAUGGCCGAUGACAUAAGAGAAGAAAAUUUCCAAAAGCUGGAUUUGUAUGAAGAUGCCCGGGACACAGCUGCCACUGCUGCUUUCUCUUGCGUAUCUAACCAUAUUGCUCAUUUAAUUGACCUGAUUGCCAACAAAGAAUUCUGCAUCAAGAAAAAUAAAAAAGGAUCUUCUGAAACUGGUCCUUGGUUAAUCAAGCUGCAUUUGGCUGAUAAUGGCAUAGAUGGAAGAGGGAAAGAAGGAGAAAGGGGUGUAUUGGAAUUCACUCAACUUUUAACAUAUCUUAUAAAAUAUUCUGACCACUUAAGGGAAAUAGAUCUUGGCAAUAAUGUUCUGGGAGAAAUUGCUGCUACUCAUAUACUGGAAGCAUUAAAGGAGAGAAAAAAAGGAAAACUGCCAAACUUACAAAUUAUAGUGACCCCACAGAUUUCUUCAGAUACCUUCAGAUCCAUCUGGGAAAACAGCAAGAAGUCUGGCUCUGCCCAUAAGAAAAAAAAGAAGGCCAAAAAAUAA